GGGCCGCACCGGACGCCGCCGGUAACGCGCGAUGCGGGCGCUGCGGCUGGGGCGGUGGGUGCGGGGGCUCCCGCGGAGCGUCCCCCCGGCCCGGGCGGUGCUGACCGAGCCCCCGCGCCCGGCCUGGCCGCGGGACCAGCCGCAGCAGACGGUGACGGUGGAGGUGCUGGAGCACCUGGAGCACCUGGCCUUGGUUGAUUUCCGCGAUGCGGAGGGCGUGGAGCGGCUGCGGAAGGCGAUCCGGUUUGCUGACCGGCUUCAUGAAGUGAACACCGACGGUGUGGAACCGAUGGAUUCGGUCCUGGAGGACAGGUGCCUGUAUCUCAGAGAAGAUGAUGUCACAGAAGGCAACUGCACAAAAGAGCUGCUGAAAAAUGCCAGAGAGAAAGUAGAGGAAUAUUUUGUAGCCCCACCAGGUAACAUCCCUUUACCAACGGUAGGAGAAGGAGAGACUUUUCUGCAGGGCUCUUAGUGAAAGCCCAGAACCCAAACACAUUCUCAGCAUUUUAUUUGGGAAAACUAAGGUUUGUGCAGCCACAGCUGAAGUACCCAGGCAUGGAUUUUAAUCAAGAGAACUUGGAAGACAAUUCACAGGAGAAAGAAGUUCAGUAGUGCUAUAGAAGUGUCACUGUUUGUGAAGCAGGAAGGCAGCAUGACAUUACUUUAGUGCUUUUAUUUAGUAAAGUGAAUUCAAGGCUGUUCUUUUAAGAUAAUGAUUUAGAGGCUUCAAAGAGAAUAUCAAAAGGUUAUGAUUUAAAAACCCAGAGCACUAUAUUUUCCCUCAACUAGUUUGUCAGGAAAACAAGAGUGGUUGGAAGGCUGUAUUUGCCUACUUCUCAGCUUUAGCUUGACUCUGGUUCUGACCCUGUCAGAAGUAACCAAGUCUGGUAUGAAGAAGGAGUCCAUACGAUGGCUGAUAGCUCUGUCAUGUGCAGACAGAACUCAGAUUUUAAUUACGGAAGAAAAAGCACUUUGAGAAGAUGAUUUACUAAAAUAUUUCUUCUUUUAUCUCUGUGCUCCAUGUCUGUCUGGAUUGCCUUCUAUUUCCCACUUUGUACUUUUAUUCUCACAUAUUAAAUAUCAGGAGUUGUACUUAAUUUGAGAAAGAACUUUUCAUACGCAGAAAGAGUGACCCUACAAUACAAAACCUUUGCCAUAAAUAUUUCUGUACAUCAGACAUGUAUCUCUAAUGAUACUGGCAAUAAUUCCUGGAUUCAACAAUUUCUCUGUUUCAAACAAAGCAUUGUAGUUGUUUGUGUUAUUUCAAGUAUUGUGCUGCUAAGCUUGUUGUAAAUAAAGAAUGUAAUUACUUGCAAA